CUUAAAUACUUUCAGAAAUACACUGGUGUCACUAUUCAAUUACAGGAGUGUGGCAUGCAAAGGCCAGAGCAAUUCAAGGGAAUCAGCAGAUGAAAAUAACACAUGGGCUUGAAGAAGAGAAAACUGAAAAACAGGAGAUGGGUUUUUAGAGUCACCAUUGGAUAAUCCAUCACUGCUGGUCCUAGCUCAAACACAGACAGCUUAUGUGGUCAAGAAGCCAAAGCCCUGAGUGACUUACUAAACCUUGCAGGAGACAUUCCUGAUUUCAGAUCAGAACAGUCUCAUUUCAGAGGGAAAAUGAGAUAAGCCCCCUCAGAUGGACAGACGUUCUGUUGCACUCAAGAAGCUCAAGUCUGGGAAGUUGAAGGUGGUGCGUCGGCACUUGCUGCAGCGGUACGAACAUCAGCCCUUCAUCUCCUGCCUAGCGGGGUUCUACAGCUGCCGGUGGAAGCGAUACCAGCGAAGGAGGACUGAGCCGGGGCAAUGCUGCUGCAAGAUGUGGGAAUGUUUGUUCUUCCCGUUUCUCAUUGGAGCAUUCUGCCUUUCUUUGGUCUUUCUGUACAUGUGGGGGGAAGCAAAGAAUGACUACAUUAACUUUGACUGGUACCACUAUGGAAAUGUAGGCCACUGGUUUCUUUGGUCUGUGUUUCUUCUGAUUGUAGCUGCUGUCUUGUUUACGUAUGUCACGCUGUUACUGGUGCUAGCUGUGUGCUUGCUAUCAGAAAGUCAGCAGUUGGACCUGCACUGGAGUCACAAGAUUGGGACUCUUGUUGUAUUGGCCUUCUCCAUAGCUGGCAUCACGGUAUUUUCUAAACUGUGGAAAGUUCGAUGGAAAGUCGUCCGUCUGUCAUUUCAGGUCACAGCUCCCUAUCUCCACGUAGGUGCCAUAGCAGCCAUGGUCCUACUGUCUUGGCCUGUGGCUUUGCAUGCCUUCCGAAUGAAUAGAAAAGUAUUUCAGGCAAUAAUAAUUGGUCCAUACCUGGCGAUCCUUGUGCUCCUUUUCUUGGUACCUCUGGGGAUGUACUCACCCUGCAUCAGAGAGCUGGGGACUCUGGGGCCCAAACCAGCCCUCCUUGGACACAGAGGAGCACCAAUGCUGGCGCCGGAAAACACGGAGAUGUCCUUUCAGAAGACCAUUGAGCACCGUGGGGAUGGUCUCGAGUCAGACGUCGCAAUUAGCUAUGAUGGGAUUCCCUUCCUGAUGCACGACAAAAACUUGAAGAGGACAACAAACAUCCGGGAGGUCUUUCCCGAUAACAUCACUCAAAAUCCUGCCUUUUUUUCCUGGGAUGCGCUGGAAAAGCUGAAUGCAGGAAAGUGGUUCCUCAAGGACAAACCAUUUUCAUGCAUGGGCUCACUGUCAAGUGCAGAUCAAAAAUUGGCAAAGAAUCAGUCAAUUUACAAGCUAAGUAAUUUCUUGAGACUUGCAGACAGUGCGAGUAAACUUGUGAUAUUUGAUCUCUACCGCCCUCCAGAGAAACAUCCUUACAGGCACACCUGGAUCUAUAGGACAUUGGAAGUGAUCCUUGACUCGAAGAUUAACCCUCAUCUGGUCCUGUGGCUGGACAACAAUUUGCGCUCCUAUAUUCAGUCAACAAUUCCUGGGUUUCAGCACAUCACGGGCGGUAAGGCCCCAGUUGAGGAGCUAUUGAGACGCAAUAUUUUCAAGCGCAAUCUCGCCUAUUCUGUAAUGUCCAGUGAAGAUAUCCGGAAAUAUGCUCAGGCCAACAUCACCACCAACUUCUACGUGAUCAGUGAGCCGUGGCUCUUCUCCCUGGCCUGGUGCGCCGGAGCACACUCUGUGACCACCAACACCAUACACAUCCUGAAGAAUAUCAACCGACCUCUCUUCCUCAUGACGCCAAAGGAAUACAGAGUCAUGUGGCUUCUCACAGACGUGGUGGCUGCUCUGCUCAUCUCACUCAUAUUUGCUUUCCACUGGUGGAGAGAGAAGGGCUUGGCCUGCUGCGCAGAUAACAGCGGCGCAGUGCUCGAGAAUGGGACCUACAACAAAUUCCGAACGGAGCUCAAUGAUCUGCCAAUGGUCGUGGCCUAAGAGAGCAUGAGGUCCUGCUUGUCAUCGGGAGAACAGCCCGCCCCAGACUGAGACGCUGUGACGCUGGACAGACACUGAGCCUGGAUCAAGCUGGAGAAGCCCUAUGGCUGCUGCGUCGUUAGCUGAGCUGGCUCCAGACGGAGGAGUCCUGUCGGUCAGGACCUGACAACAGCUGGGGCGUUCGGAUGAGCCAGAGGUGCCUUUUAACACUGUGAUUGCCAGCACCUGUCUCUGGGACUCAGCUCCAUGGCUGUGAAGUGCCCCUCCCUCCACAAAUGCCUAAAACCCUUCCACACGCCUCUCCCUAGCCAAAGACCCCAGGGCCUGCUUGGCAAGAGACCGGGACAGGCAAGCAGCUGCAGUGGCUGGACACCGACAGAUGCACCUCCCAGCAGAAUGGAGUCCGUCUCUGUGCGAUCGCUGGCCCUGUAACACCCAGAAACACAACUUUUAAUAUGUGGCUUUAAAGCUGAUGGUUUUUUUUGUAUGGCGGAAAUAAAACCCACCUGCAGAGUGAUCAUCUGUAGGGCUCAGAAGUGGCAGGGAAGGGAGGGGUGAGGAGCAGUGUGUUGAAAAGGGCAAGUCUUGCCCCUUCCCAGCAAUCACAUAGAGGUCCGCUGGCCCUUCCCUGUGUCAGAGCUGGGAGCCAGGAGCUCUGAGGUGUCAGUGGGGGGAGGGCUGCACAUGGACCCCCCCUUCCUUACUCAGCCUUGGGAAAGAGAGCAGUGGAGCGAGCGGCCAGACUCCCACGUGGCAAUGAGAAACGGGCGUGUAACUCCCCGGGGCAGUUUCCACUGGGACGCCGGCCUCCCAGGCCCCGUGGCUGCUGCACACGCAGAGUGGGGUCCGUUGCCUGCAUUGUACACACAGCAGGACAUGCAGCCAGGCAUUACGGUGCAAUUAACAGCCAGACGGUUGAAAUGCUAGUAUCAGGGCAGGGACUGGUAAGGCCAGGGGUUUCUCCAUGUAGUUGUUAGCCCAGAGCCUGGGCUGUAUUCAGGAUCUGUGUCUGCCUGUGGGACUUUAACAGCCUCUCUAUGCUGCUGUGGGCGUGGGAAGAGGGAGGGAAGUGAUCUUCCGCAUGCUGGCAAAUGGUUGGCCAGGCCAGAGUCCUGUAUGUUUCUCAAACCAAGUACAGCACAGACACGGAUGGUCAUGGUCACGGGUGGGGCAUGAACCACUCCCCUCUCGACCUGUGCCCUUUGGCUGCUAAUCUCUGGCUCUGCCCCUUCUGCCUGAAGCUCCCCUUCCUUCCCCCUGGAGUCCCAAGCUGCCCCCCUUCCCCAACGCCUCGGCCCGUCUG